CGGCGGGCGCGCGUUGCGGAGGGCCGGUUUGAGGCGGGCACCGCGCGGCGCGGCGCCGGCAUGAGGGAGCUGCCGCCGGGCCCGGCGAUGGAGAGCGACAUUUUGGACGCGCUGGAGGCCUUGGGGUACACGGGUGCCCUGUUGGAGGAGGAUGCCCUGAAGAAAGCAGCAGAAAAUGGAUUGUCUUCACCAGAAUUUUUUGAGCUUUGCAUUUGGUUAGGUUCCCAGAUAAAGUCACUUUGUAAUAUGGAAGAAAGCAUCACUGCAACAGAUGGUGUGAAAGAUAUAGAGAGCUUCCAGCUUGAAAUUAGUGGCUUUCUGAGAGAAAUGUCUUGUCCGUAUUCCUCACUGGUGUCUGGAGACAUCAAAGACAGAUUAAGAGAGAAAGAAGAUUGUCUUAAACUCCUGUUAUUUCUAAGUACAGAACUUCAGGCUUUAAAGAUACUGCAGAGCAAGAAAAUGAAAGGCUCUCGUUCGGAAAAGCACAAUGAAAUUAUUCAGGAAGCGCAAGCUAUUUGCGAUGCACUGGGUCUGCCAAACUCCUCAUCUUCUGGUAUUCCUCCCUUGUUAGCCAGUGUGGAACAAAAGAUAAAGGACAUCCUCUCAAAAGUUAAAAAUAACCAUGUGGGGAAGUCACUGCUAACAAAACCUCUGAACUCUGACCAAGUGGAAAGAUUGGAAAAAAUCAAUGAUGCUCUUUGCAGUGAGUACGAGUGUCGACGGCGGAUGCUGAUGAAGAGGCUCGAUGUGACUGUGCAGUCUUUUGGCUGGUCUGACAGAGCAAAGGUAAAAACAGAUGAAAUAGCACGGAUCUAUCAGCCCAAGCGCUAUGCCUUGUCUCCAAAGUCCACCAUUACAUUAGCUCACCUUCUUGCUGCUCGUGAGGAUUUGUCCAAGAUCAUAAGAACAAGUAGUGGAUCAACACGGGAGAAGACUGCCUGUGCUAUCAACAAGGUUCUGAUGGGCAGAGUCCCUGAUCGUGGAGGCAGACCAACAGAGAUUGAACCACCUCCUCCUGAAAUGCCUCCAUGGCAAAAAAGACAAGAAGGUGGUGGAAGAGGUGGCUGGGGUGGCGGUGGUGGUGGUGGACGGGGUAACUGGGGAGGUGGAGGAGGUAGAGGAGGAGGAGGUGGAGGUUUCAGAGGUGGUGGAAGAGGUGGGGGUGGCUUCCAGGGUGGAGGUGGCUUCCAGGGUGGAGGUGGCUUCCAGGGUGGGGGUGGCUUCCAGGGUGGCAGAGGAGGUUAUGGUGGCAGGGGAGGCUAUGGUGAUCCAUAUGGUGGAAGAGGAGGGGGAGGAUACCGAAGAUACUAAAUUACCAUAAAUCUUAACAGAGUAACUGGCAGAAUAUAGUGGUGGUGUUUACUGGUACUAGGAAUUUAGGUUUGUUGACUUGGGUUUAGAUUAGAAUUAAGUAUGACCAUAUGAGUCAUUUCAUUAGACCAACUGAUGUUCUCCCUGAGUUCUUUUAGUUAACUGAACAGAAGUUUUAUACUAAAAUCUGAUGACUAAAGUCCCUGUUUUUCGUACUGCUUAUAUGGUGUUUUUUAUGAUGUCAAUUUAUUUAAAAUAAGUCUCAGAAAACUGAAUAAAACCCUUUCUAAACAAACAAAAAUAUAUUAAUGGUCAGACUUCUCUAAUUUAUUGCAUGUUGCAUGUUUACACUCCUGCUCCAAAACGUUAUGUAGAAAAAACCAAGUAGGCCUAAGAACUGUAUGAAACCACUUUUAAAAACUCAAGAAUGCUGCUUUCACGCUUGUUCUCUUCAUCUCAUUGUUCUUCAUUCAGUUUUCAUGUGGGACAUGUAAAUGACAUUUUAAUUUCAAAUGUUAAAAUCCUUAAGGCUUUGGUGAAAAUUAUUCAAUUAUAUUCGAUUAUUCUUGCAGAACUUCACAUUUUAGUAAUACUGUGGAUUAAUACUCUACACAAAUUAAUCAGAUCAGGUUGUUUUUUGUGUUCAUAAUGCAUCAGACACUCUUUAAUGGUCAGAGCAUAAUAAUUAUGAGCUCACUCAUAAUAGUGAGCUUUGAUAGUGUCUUAUUUUCAUUUUACCUGUUUUCCACUGUUGGUGUUUCAUAAAAUAAUUUUAAAAUCCCAUUGGGCAGAAAGCCUACAGGUAUCAUGUCUGGUAUUGAAUUAAUGUGUAUAUCCUUAUGUUUCAGCUUUGAGACAAAACUUUGAAUAAGCUGAGCUUUUUAAGAAAGAAUGUGACAUUUCUUCUCGCCUUUUUUUCUUUCCCCUUGUUUUUUUAAAUUAUCUUCUUCUCCCCUGCCUCCUCUUUGUUUGGGAGUCACCAGCUGCCUGGUUAAUAAGUUAACAAGACAUUUCAUGCAGCAGGUGCCUUUUCUAUCUCUGCCAACCUAAAAGAAGCCCUGUCAUGACAUGGUAUGGAUGCCUUCUCCCUCACAUACUCUGCUAGUCUAAAAGGAGUUAGCUGUCAUACCAUCAUGGCUGUAAAUAUAUGCAGACAGGAAUUAAAUUUAGAGCUGUCACUUAAAGAAAUCAGUUAUUGCUGCCCAAUGUCUUUUAGAUCUCCCAUGUUGUGAGGCCACUCCUGAGAACAGAGGUGGAAAGGGGAUGAUGCCUGAGUGUGUUCUCAUGCUAACAUUUUUCAGGAUCAGGUCACUACAGAGAGAUUCAGGAAAGCAUCUGAUUAACCUGGUGUGUCUGAUGAUUAAAUAGCACAGCAGACUUGAAGCACUUGUAAUUGUAGGCAUAACUGCAGGUUGAACUUCAGGAUUUGGUUUUGGAUUUAUAUUCCUCAGUUACAAGUUCUUUCUGCACAAAUUUCCUAUCGGUGUCCCUUGGUAUGCUUUAAAGAUGUUUAUUUACCUUCAUAAACAUAGGUAUCACGUCCUGUUUCAUUGGCAACUUCAUGCAUGAAUGUAAAGUUCUGUUCCAAAUGAAAUUACUGUCUUUGAAAAGUUUUUCUCCUGUUAUUUCCUCUCUCAUCAGUUUGCUUGAGAAUGCUGCUUCUAAUGUGAUAGAUAGGGCUUUACCCAGGCUUUAGGGUUGCAGCAGGUACCUGACAAAAAGAAGCAGAAAUUUUGCUUGCUAGAACAUGUUAGCUGAGAUGUGAACUUUUGCAAUAAUGGCUUAAUGGUACCCAACUGCUAGGACUGUAGUUCCUUUGCCGAAUUUUUUCUAUGCUUCUUACUGGCCUAAGCCCUUUGCAGCCUCUAUAGUCUUUAUGGAGAGACCCCUUAUGGGUCACAUGGGAGAACAGUACUGGUUGUCUUGAUUCUGAGUUUGGUUUUUGCCUAAUGCUCUGGAAAAGCUCCCAAACUGAUGACAUACCAAAUGAGACUGCUGGCCUUGGAGCAAAGUGUUGGUCAGCAAAGGAAUAGAAAGCAGUUUUAUAACCACCAAAGCCUUAAGAUUAAAUUGUUUGCUACAAGUCAUCAGCAGUCAAGCAUGUGGCUUCAUCAAGGAAAUACACUCAGAAAAACAAACAAGUUACCUAUGCUUAAAGGUUUCAUUAGUCUUAGGAUGCAAGGUUGCAGUGGUUUAGUUGGAUUGUUGUAACUGCAGAUGUGGAUGUGCCUUGGUGUGUUUACAUUCAGCAGUCCAUCCUGUUUGUAGUAGGCAGGACAGUUCUGAAUUAAGUAAAUCAUCAAGUGAAGCAGGUACAUGCCCACUUCAAUUCUAAUAGUUAAAUUAUUUCAGUAUCAUAUUUCAGUUAUUUGUAUGUAGACCUUGUAAAAUACGAAAAUACAAAUAGUCUGGAGAUUCUUUUUUAAUCUGGCCAUUUCAGUUUUUCUUAAGUAACUUCAAAAUAUGAAGCCAGUAGUUGAAAACUAAAGUAAGCACCACCAGACUUCAUGGAGGUAUCCUUUGUUGUCCUCUUGUCAGAAGGUAUGCUUUUAAUUUCUUUAAUGAUGCAAUAACACCAUGAAAGUAAUUGAUUUAAAUCUCAAGUUUUGUUUUGAAAAAAAGUAUUUUCAAAAAUUCUGUUGUAAGUAAAAGAUUUUCAUAUAUAUGUUUGUGAACAUUUUUGUGUUAAUUCGCACUUAGUGAAUACCUAAAUAUUGUUUUGUUUGUUGAAGAACUGAAAAAAAAGGUUGGGGAUUUUUUUUUCAGGAAUCCAGAGAGACAUUUUUGUCAACAGCUGUAAACACUGAGGAAUAAAGUACUGUAUUUGAAAUUA